CUCUAUGAUAAACCUGACUCAUUGUUAAUCAGUUGUCCGGUGGAUUCGGCCAGGUAGACUCGACUUCGUGCUGUUCCCCACUCAGCGUGUUCAAAGCAAACAUUUUAUCUCCACCUCUGGACAAAAAUUCGAACGGUGUGAUAACACCAAGGAAAUUUGUGCGUCAAGUGUGUGUGUGGUGUGUUUUUAUCGAUUGUAGUCCUUGCUCAAAAAUCGGAUAUCUGCUAUGAUAAUCGAGUUUUGGUGACAACAAUGCCAACAUUAUGGGCUUCACGGUUCAGUUCUUGCUAGGCACGUUCCUCGUCCUUUUAUGCUGCUCCUCGAUCCGAAGUACUCAAGUUAAAAAUGAGGAAGAAACGACCGAAAAAACCCAAAUCGAAAAGAUAACUGAAGCGAAUCUCGAAAGCAACAAACCAAAGACUGAAAAUAGUACUGAAAAUAGUGUAGGAAGCAAAUUGCAAAAACCCGAAGAAAUUGGCCGAUCGAUUGAUAUCGAAAAAUACGUUUCGAAAGAAUUUCACAAUAAAAAUAACGUUUACACUUUACCAACCUCGCCGGAUACUGAGAAAUACAUAGAUCCGGAUUAUGAUUUCCACGCUACGACUCUGAAGCAUCAUGAACACGAGGAAUUCAACUACGAGUCGGAGUUAACAACGCCGAAGAGUUCGAUUUUCGAUCACAGGUACAAGGAAGCAGUGGAGAGUGUUGACCAGAAGUUGGAACAUAUCGAUGAUUCGCAUGAAGUUUCGGCUGAAACCGACUCAAAGGAAAGUGUCGACUUGGAGAAACUUUACGAAGAAACGAAGAAGAACGACACCAAAGCCGAUCUGAAUUAUAUCAACUUUAAAAAUGUGGUUGCUAAUGAUACGGGUAGUAAGAACUCUUUGCGGAAGAAUGUGGUGCUCGAGAGUGGAACUAAUUUGAAUUUCCAAUCAUCCUAUAAUCACACAACGAUCGAUGAAAAUGAUAGCGGAAAUAACACGAUUCCGAAAGAAGAUAAGAAAACUGAAAGCACGACUUUGAGCAAUGUGAUUGCCGUUAAAGGCGAAUUGGAAAAAGCCGAAAGUUCGACGGUUAAAGCCACUUUAACCACCCGAAAAAGUCUAGUUUUGACCAAACCUCCGUCGAGUCGCAAUUCGAGCCAUAUCUCAAUUUUGAGCAACAAAAUUGAAACCGAAACUGUCAAAGCGAUCAACCCGACAGACAAGCCGAAAGGAGAUAAAGAAAAUUCCUCCGAAAGCUACACCCAGAAAACGCCCAUUGACAUAACAAAGCGGGGCUCAGUCAAGUACGCACACACCAUUUCAACCGAACCGACAACAGUCUCGAACAACAUCAAAAAAUCGGAACAACUUUUGCAAGAGAAUCAAGUGAUUCCAGUCCACGUUGAAGCACCUCCAACUGCCAUAAACAGCACAACUGAAACUCCCUCAACCACAACGCCCGAAACUGAAACACGCAUUACCUACUCGAUUGAAACUAGGAUUAAAAGUGUUUCAGUGGGGACACAACCGCCGACUGAAACCACAACCGACGCACAAACAACCGAAACUACGUUUUUAUCAGACAGUACUGCGCCCACAACGGUUACAACCGAAAAUCCUGAAACAACUGAGCCCCUAACAACGACUGAAAUUACAAUCACUACCGAAAAUGCAGUGAGAACCUCGAAAGGUUUAAAUUUCGGGGAAAAUGUGUCCACAAUACCGACUGAGGUGGACGUGACAACGACUGAAAAAAUGUUCGAAACUACAACCGAAGAAAUGGUACCGACUAAUUCUCUUCCGCAAAUGUUCUCAGAAAAAAUGUUCACAACUGAGAAAAUUGCACCGAAAAUGUUCUCAGCUAUGGGCUUGACUACGACUGAAAAAAUGUUCCAAGCGACUCAGGAAACAACUGAGAGAAGUGAACCCACGAGAAUGUUCUCAGAUGUGGCCCAAACUACGACUGCAACUCAGGAAACAACCGAGAAAAUUGAACCUACGAAUCAUACUCUGAAAAUGUUCCCAGAUGUGGCCCCGACUACGACUGAGAAAAUGUUCACAGCGACUCAGGAAACAACCGAGAGAAUUGAACCGACCAAUCAUAUUCCGAAAAUGUUCUCAGACGUGACUCCCGAAAAAAUUCCAGCGACAACUGAGAGGAUUACACCGACGAAUUCAAUCGCGAAAAUGUUCUCAGAUGUGAUUCCUGAGACUACGACUGAGCUGGAACCGACUGUUUCAACCAACCGCACAAAUGUACCUGUUUUUAGAAAUGUCCCUACUGAGCCAAGCGAGCCUGAAAUCACUGAAAACUUCACAAUAACUUCAGAUUCGUACGAAUCCAGCACAGGGGCUCCUGACGACAGCAGUGGUAAAACCGCCGCAAUUGCUAUAUCUUCGAUCGCUGCUGUUUGUCUUAUUGUAAUAGCCGGACUUCUGGUGUUUAUGCGGAAGAGACAGAAGAGGUUUAACUACGGGCAAAGAUGCCGGCCUGUGAGUCUCGACGACUACAGUAUGGACAACGUCUCCGUGUACAACAGCGUUCGCAGGAAGGGAAUGUUAAGAGGGUCGAAACGCUCGUACGGAAAUCCGGCGUUUGAGGACCCUGUCACCGUCACUCACCCGCUGAACUUCCCGGCUUUGGGGAAAUUUGCAACGAAUUUGGAAGACAUAAAGGCCGAAUUUGAGGAAAUCCCCCAGAUCACGGCCCGAACUACCGAACUUCCCGAAGGAUGUGAGACGAAAAAUAGAUACGCGAAUGUGAUCCCACUUCCAGAAACGCGCGUUUUGUUGAACCUAAUUGACGGUUACCCCACCAGUGACUACAUAAAUGCUAAUUAUGUUACGGGCCCCAAAAACACAAAGGGGUAUUACAUAGCGUGCCAGGCGCCUAUGCAGAACACUGUUGAUGAUUUCUGGCGCAUGAUUUGGGAGCAACAAUGCAAAGUUGUUCUAAUGGUGACCCAUUUGUUUGAAAACGGGGUCGAAAAAUGCGUUGAUUACCUGCCGCCUUCGGAAGUGCUAGACUGUCACCGCCUCUUUGGCGACUUCCAAGUCACACUGAAAAAACGCGAAGUCAAAGACAAGUAUAUCAUUUCCAGCCUCCAACUAAAGAAUAUGGUGUCAAAUAGCUGGCGCGAAGUCACGCAUUUCUGGUACAUGGGGUGGCCGGAAAAAGGCGUCCCGACGGAGGCAAAUUCGCUCAUUGCAUUUUUGAUAGAAGCCCGGAGUUACAUGAAAUCGUCGUCGAUGGAUAGGGACGUUACUAAUGGUAAUUUGGCGAAUGGUGGCGCGAAAAAUGAGGUGAAUCCUGUGGUAGUGCACUGUAGUCCUGGGACAGGACGAACAGGUGUGGUGAUAGCUUGUGAUAUUGCGAUACGAGAGUUUGAACAAACCCGACUUGUUGAUGUACCAAGGAUAGUCUAUAAGAUUAGACGGGAUAGGGCGAGCGCAGUACAAACUAAAGAGCAGUACGCAUUUAUUUAUAAGGUGAUUACUCUUUACGCUACUAAACUUACAGGCGGUGCUUUAGAUUCGUUAUAAUUUAGUUAGUGGUGAAAAAGCUUCAAGCGUUUGUGAUAAAUUCAUGUUUUAAUGUACAUUGUUAAGUCCUGAAAGUUUAAAUGUAAAUAUUUUCAUGUAUAUAAGUUAGUCUUUGCUCUCUAUCCAACUUUAUUUAGUUAGUUUUGUGUAGAUAGAAAUGUUAUAUUGUACAAUAUUAAGCCUUGUUUAUUGUUAUUUCUUUAGAGAUUUAUGUUGUUGAAUUCACAUUUGAUUGUGUUCAAUGAUAAAAAAUAAAAACUGUGUAAACUGA